CUCGUGACAAUGAUUAUGACUUCUCCCUGCCAGGCGGUAAAUCGCCACAGCAAACAUGAGGAGUAACUUGAUCUUCAUAGGUCAUACUCUUUGCUUUCAACCACUCACCCACAGCUGCACCAUGGUAUCCCCGGGUCUUUAUACUCUUCAUGAACCAAUCUCGGGGAUUCCGUGCACGCCUCACAUUGGUAUUCCUUCUAUCAGGCUCUUGAGUUCUCAUCCGAUAGGUUCUUGUCAACAAUUUACGACUCUUGUCACGCGCUGUGAUCUGCAUCCAACCAUACUUGAGACUUAAUCUCUGAGAAAGCGAAUAUUACCUUGAUGAAGUUGUCCCAGGCCGACUGCGGAUCUCCCUGGCUGGAAGCCACUUACACAAGCCAACCAGGAUCAAGCCUUACAAGUUC